CCUUCCCAUCGCUUCAACCUCCAUCCAGUUUCGAAUUUCAUUCCAAAUUCAUCUCAUUUUUGACUUUAGGGGAUUCUCUUUCUGAAUACCUCCAUUGAGGGCUUUGCAGCGACAAAACUGCCCCAAGAUUUUCCUCGGAUCGGUCGUCUUUCCGCACUCGACCCUCUCUGACUCUGCCGGAUCUGCAGAGGCAACACCUUGUUCGCAACGACCAUCGCUGACGCUUUUUUCCCCUGCUUUACUUUCCAUCUUUGGUUUUCCUAAGCUUUUCGCGUUUUUCGAUCAGUCAUAAUGUCUCACGAAGAGGAUCUCAUCGACUACUCGGACGAGGAAAUCACUACCACCAAUGCUAAUGCGCCCGCCGCCGCGUCGGCCGGUGCCAACGGUGAUGCGAAGAAGGGUGAUCUGAACGUCCCCGCUGGUGCUGAGAAAAAGGGUAGCUAUGUUGGCAUCCACACCACUGGAUUCCGCGACUUCUUGUUGAAGCCAGAGUUGCUUCGUGCCAUUACGGAUUGCGGUUUCGAACAUCCAUCGGAGGUUCAGCAAGCCGUCAUUCCUCAGGCUAUUCUCGGUACCGAUGUCAUUUGUCAGGCCAAAUCUGGUCUUGGAAAGACUGCCGUCUUCGUCCUCACGACUUUGCAGCAGAUUGAUCCCGUUCCGGGUGAGACUUCGGUGAUUGUUAUGUGCCACACCCGUGAGUUGGCAUACCAAAUCAAGAACGAAUACGCUCGUUUCAGCAAAUAUCUUCCGGAUGUCAAGACUGCUGUCUUCUACGGUGGUACCCCUAUGCAAAAGGACAUUGAGACCCUUGCAAACAAAGACACCCACCCCCACAUCAUCGUCGGCACCCCUGGUCGUCUGUGCGCUUUGGUCCGCGAUAAGCGUCUUCGUUUGGGAAGCGUUAAGGUCUUCGUCUUGGACGAGUGCGAUAAAAUGCUGGAUCAAGUUGACAUGCGUCGUGAUGUUCAAGAAAUCUUCCGCGCUACUCCUUCCUCGAAGCAAGUCAUGAUGUUCAGUGCCACUCUCUCUCAAGAGAUUCGACCUAUCGUCAAGAAGUUCAUGCAGUCUCCUCUUGAGCUGUACGUCGACAACGACACGAAGCUCACUCUUCACGGUUUGCAGCAGUACUACAUCAAGCUCGCUGAAGGCGAGAAGAACAGAAAGCUGAAUGACCUGCUUGACAGCCUCGAGUUUAACCAGGUCAUCAUCUUUGUCAAGAGCACUGUCCGUGCUACUGAGUUGGAUAAGUUGCUUCGUGAAUGCAACUUCCCCAGUAUCGCGGUGCACUCUGGUGUUAGUCAGGAAGAGCGUAUCAAACGUUACAAGGAAUUCAAGGAAUUCAACAAGCGAAUCUGCGUCGCUACCGAUGUCUUCGGCCGUGGUAUUGAUAUUGAACGUAUCAACUUGGCCAUUAACUACGACUUGCCCGCGGACGCCGAUUCGUAUCUUCACCGUGUUGGCCGUGCCGGUCGUUUCGGUACCAAGGGUCUCUCAAUCUCCUUUGUCAGCAGCGAGGCAGACCAGGAGGUGUUGAAGCAGAUCCAGAGCCGAUUCGCUGUGGAGCUUCCCGAGUUCCCUGCCGAUGGUAUCGAUGCUAGCACUUACAUGGCAAACUGAGGUGUUGGUACAGGAAAUUGGGACAAAAGGGUGACGAUUGAUCACGGCGAAGUUGCGGCUUUGAAUUUGACUAUCUAUGCUGUUUCAGGUUUUCCUUGUGGACUUUUUCAAUCUUUCUUUUUUCUUCUCCCCUGAUCACAUGUAAUCUUAUGGUAAAGAAAAAAGUCGAGAGUCUUUGUCUAAGGCGCGGCGCCAAAUUCUCAAUGUG